GUUUAGUUAGUCUCGGGAUUUCGCUUUUGUGUGGGUGUUAAGUGGUGUCUGAGGAGCCUGCCUUUCCUUUAUGCAUGAAGUUCUUAAAAGCAGCAAAACAAAAUGCAUCUGGUGUCUAACUUCUGAAAUAACUAAAGUAGAGUCUGACCAUUCUGCAGCACAACCACCUCCCUUAGACUGAACAAAAGAAACGUUGUUGCCCUUACACAAUCUUAUAUAACCUCUAAGAAGUAUAAAUGCUCUGUAGUGUUGAGAAAGCACUCAUAAUCACAAACUUGCUAAUUCAGCACUACAAUAAAAUAAUUGAUUUGGUAAAACUGGUACAAAUAGCUUAAAUCUGAAUUAAUAAACAGUCAUAGUAAUUAUUAAAUCCAUUGUGUUGUAAAAUGAUUGAGUUCCUACAUUUUCCAGUAGUUUGGGGGGUUUUUACACACAGCUCCCUUUUUUCACUAACAAAUAAAAUGGAAGCUUUUAACCUUACACUAUAACAAUCUUUGAUAUACUCUAACUGGAGGAAGGACAUAUUCUUCCUAGGCAUAUUGGCAAUGCUUAUUGGUUUGAUAACAAAUAGCAUGGUGGAAUGGUCAAGGUCUUGAACUGAAUAUAUCUAUUCUGAACAUGGAACAGACAGAGGCUAUCUUGUGUGGGUUGGAUCUGUUAACUCUGAGUCAUGCUGCAUACUAGCACAACUGCAGAAGGCAAGCUUCUUUUCAGAUCUUGAAUUUUGUAGUGGGACGCUGAGUGAACUCAAGGUUAAUAUGCUAACAGUGUGUGCAUGAUACAUUUUAAAUUACUUAAGGCAGAGGGCAGAAGAGGAACAACUCUAGUCCAUGGAAUCUUAAGGUUGUACGAAUUCAGUUUGGUAGCGUCAAGUAGUUUGGUCUAGAUAUGUGGAUUGCAUUUGUCUCCUCUUCCUAAAGUGUGUGUGACUACUUGUAAUGUCAGUAGUCAAUACUGAAGUCGUGUUUUGUUUUGUUUUUUUUAAAUCCUACUUAAUGUAGCUAUGUGAUACCUAGGAACCAGAGGCUUUGGCAAACUAAACUCACUGAACUCGUGGUCAAUAUUAAUGACAGAAGUUUCCAGUCUAAAAAAAACACUGGAUUAUUAUGGCAAAACUACAUGUUGCUCCUUGGGUUGACAAUGCCUAGAAAGCUACAUUGUCUAACAUGUCUCUAAUAUUCUAGCCCAUAUCAAGAUGUCUGCAGGAAAUGCAUUUAUUGGGAAACCAGCCCCUAGCUUCAAAGCCACAGCUGUGAUGCCUGAUGGGCAGUUCAAAGACAUCGCCCUCUCUGACUAUAAAGGAAAAUAUGUUGUGUUCUUCUUCUAUCCCCUUGACUUCACCUUUGUUUGUCCAACUGAGAUUAUUGCAUUCAGUGAUAGGGCUGAUGAGUUUAAGGAACUUAACUGUCAAGUAAUUGGAGCUUCUGUUGAUUCUCACUUCUGUCAUCUUGCCUGGAUCAAUACUCCUAAGAAGCAGGGUGGAUUGGGUAACAUGAACAUUCCACUGGUUUCUGAUAUAAAACGCACCAUUGCUAAAGAGUACGGCGUAUUAAAAGAAGAUGAAGGUAUUGCAUACAGAGGCCUGUUCAUUAUUGAUGAUAAGGGAAUCUUGCGUCAAAUUACCAUCAAUGAUCUCCCUGUUGGCCGCUCAGUUGAUGAAACUCUCAGAUUAGUCCAGGCUUUCCAGUUCACAGAUAAAUAUGGAGAAGUUUGCCCAGCUGGUUGGAAACCUGGGAGUGAAACCAUCAAACCUGAUGUUCAGAAAAGCAAAGAAUUCUUUUCCAAGCAGAAGUAAACUUGCUGCCUGUGCUCUACUGUUAGUCUGAAGAUACUAGUCUGCCUUCAGGAAAAGAACAAGUGUCAAGUAUUUUUUUUGAAUUUUCUGACUAUUUAAAGAUUGUAUACUGUGAGUCAAGAGGAGUCUUGUCUGAAGGUGUCAGCCAUCCUUUUUACUAGUCUUAUUGACCAGUACCUUCAUAUAGAAUCUUAAUGAUCAAUACUUGUGCAUCAUGCCCUGUUGACUUCAAUGACCAGUGCGGUGUAAGUGGUUGGAUCAGUGUUGCAUGUAGAACAGCUGUCUGACAUUUUGUAACUAUUAAACUCAUGAAAACUAAAA